AUGGCAGCCAACCGGGUGGGGCGGCGGGUCAACAAGGUGUGCCACCCUUCGCCCAACCGGGCGGGUGGUGGCGGUGGUGGCGGGGGCAGCGUGGGACGCGAGCCGGGUCACGGCCUGCAGAGACGGCAGGCCAGAGUCACGGUCAAGUACAACCGCAAGGAGCUGCAGAGAAGGCUGGACGUGGAGAAGUGGAUCGACUGCGGCCUGGACGAGCUCUACAGGGGCCGGGAGGAGGACAUGCCCGAGGAGGUGAACAUCGAUCACCUUCUGGACCUGAAGACGGACGGCGAGAGGAUGCAAAGACUGCAGGAGAUUCUUCAGUCGUGUAACAACAACACGGAGGUGUUCAUCAGCGAGCUGCUGGUGAAACUUCACGGCUUACAGAAGCAAGAGGAGCUCCACAACGACGGCAUCGACCUCCCGCAGCUACACAUCUACCCCGCCCGCCCCGGAUCGUCCGACAGGGAGGUGCUGCACUGACAAAGCAAGCGCGCCCACUCCCUUUGAAUGCCCCCCCCAACUCCUUCCUUCCUCCCCGCCCUUGCAGCACUAUCUAUGGAGAGAAAUGUGUGUCUUUUUAUGCAACCAAACAAAACAUUUCUUUUUAAACUUAAAAAUGUAUUUGAAAAAUAAAAAUUUUAAAGAAAAUUAAUUUUUAUUUUAGCUAAUA